UUGACCCACUGAUCUGCAUAAUUACUUUCAAAACAGAAUUGUUCGAUUGUCAUUGAAUGCAGCACGUCUUCACCUGUCUGUGAACCGAGCAGCUGUUACCCACACUCGAGUGUGUGUGCACCCGGAGAAACGACACGUACUUUUGUUUUUAAGAGGAUUUGCCAGAAUGGCACGCGGGCAUCAGAAGCUUCAGUCUCAGCAGAAAAAUGCCAAGAAACAGGCUGAGAUGAAGAAAGCCAAGGGUCAUGAUCAGAAGACAGCAGCCAAGGCAGCGCUAGUGUUCACCUGCCUUGUGUGCAAGUCCCAGAUGCCUGACCCAAAAACCUUCAAGCAGCACUUUGAGAGCAAGCACCCGAAAUCCCCUCUGCCUGCCGAGUUGGAGGGAGUUGAGGCAUAAACGGUCACUCUGGACAUCAAACCAAGUUCUCCAAGGCCCUGUACCAACUCUGCACCCGUCUCAGUCUGACAGCAAUGGAUGAUUUGAUAUAACCAACAUGAAGCAGUUAACCUCAUUCAGGCUUUCACAGGCCAGGUUGCCUUUGACGCAACACUUCCUCCCAUCCAGUCUUGUUUUUUUUUUUCAGCUUGAUUUCACGUAGGGCUAAACCCAAAUUUCCAUGUUUAAUUCAGGGCCUCUGAAGACCUGCAAGAAAUACAGGAACAAUCUUGAGAGGAGAAUGAAGAUUUCUCUCUUCAUUCAUAUGGUCUCUCAGAACAGACUCAUUACUGCCCUGAGUUGAUGUGCAUAUAGGAAUUUUUCUUGCUGCUAGCUCAUGUACCUCUUUAUCUGAAGCUUUGCGGGAUUGUCUGAUUAAACCUUUACAGCAAACUCAUGGGGUAAAUGUAUACAGUGUCCUUAAACAGAGCAUGGAUCUGGCUUGGAUGGGAGCAUUCUGAUUUAAAGUUUGCUGCAAUCGAGACCUCAUGUAUUUUAUUAGUGCUUCGAGUAUUGAAUCAAAAGGAGGCUGCAACAUGUUUUCUGACAUCACUUGUUAAAUAUGGAAUUCCUCAACAGCGCUGUCUGCCUUGUUCUACUGCAAUCUGUGGUCUAUCUAAUUAUAAUUUCAUGUUGGGUCAAGAAAUGUGAAAUUACGCUAGCCAUAAAAUCUUUCGGGGGGCUUGUCGGCAACAUUUAUGCUUGGGAAAUGAAUGUAUGCUCGAAUGAUGUAUUAUAGAAGUUUAUUAAAUUUUACUUUGUUGUAUA